AUGAAGGUUCUUCUGAGCGGAGGUUCAGGCUUCAUCGCCGCCCACUGUGUGGACAUUCUACUCCAGCACGGCCAUGACGUAGUCUUCACUGUCCGUUCAGACGAAAAGGGCCAGAAGAUCCUCAACAACCAUCCAGGGACACCUGCCAGCAAGCUCAGCUAUGUGAUCGUCAAAGACAUUGCCCAAGAGACAGCGUUCGAUGAGGCUGUCAAGUCAGACCCCCCUUUCGAGGCUGUCCUUCACACAGCUUCGCCUUUCCACUUCAACGUCACGGACGUGAAGAAGGACCUACUCGAUCCAGCCGUCAUCGGAACGACUGGUAUCCUGAAGGCCGUGAAGAAAUCGGCUCCAUCAGUCAAGCGUGUGGUCAUCACCUCGUCAUUCGCCGCCAUCCUCAACGCGGCCAACCAUGCCAAGACGUACUCGGAGAAGAAUUGGAACCCCAUCACCGAGGAAGAGGCGGUGCAGAAUCCCUCAAAUGGCUACCGAGCGAGUAAGACAUUCGCCGAAAAGGCUGCGUGGGAUUUUGUAGCCAACGAGAAGCCCAAUUUCGACGUUGCGACAAUCAAUCCGCCAUUGGUGUUUGGUCCCGUUGUUCACUACCUCAACUCUUUGGAUACUAUCAACACCUCGAACGAGCGUGUCCGAAACAUGAUCCAAGGCAAGUUCAAGGAUGGCCUGCCGCCGUCAGGGGUGUUCCUGUGGGUUGAUGUCAGAGAUGUGGCUCUGGCACAUGUCAAGGCGAUGGAAGUGCCCGAAGCUGGAGGACAACGAUUCUUUUGCACCGCUGGACAUAUGUCCAAUGGGGAGGUUGCCAGCAUAAUCAAGAAGAAUUUCCCAGCUUUCGCCGACAAACUUCCGGCAGAUCUCUCGAGCGAUGCGCCUGCGGAUGUCUAUGGCUUCGACAACUCGCAAAGCAAGAAGGUGCUGGGCAUCGAGUAUCGAAGUCUUGAAGACAGUAUAGUAGACACUGUCAACUCCUUACUUGCUGUUGGGUUGUGA